AUGAGGAUCAGAGGAAAAUCUACAGCUGUCCUCAGUGCAGACAGACCUUCAGACGGAGACCUGUCCUGGCGAAAAACACCAUCUGUCAAGUCCUGUCUGCAGCGUCUGGUCUCUCACUGUGACCAACACCUCCAGCCUCACUAUGAAUCUCCUGCCUUUGAAAAACACAAGCUGGUCAACCCCUCCAAGAAGCUUCAGGAGAACAUCUGCUCUCAUCAUGGUAAAAUUUUGAAGAUUUUCUGUCACAGUGAUCAGCAGCGUAUCUGUUAUCUGUGUUGCAAGUAUGAACAUAAAGGACAUGACACUGUAUUAGCUUCAGAGGAAAAGACUAAGAGGCAGGGAGAGCUUCGAAUGAGUCGACAAAAAAUCCAGCAGAGAAUCCUGGACAUAGAAAAAUAUGUGAAGAUGCUUCAGCAGGAGGUGGAGACCAUCAUUCGUACUGGUGAUAAUGCAGUGAAGGACAACGAGAAGAUCUUCAAUGAGCUGAUCCGACUUAUCAAGAAUGAAAGUCUUGAUGUGAAGCAACAGAUCAGAUCCCGGCAGGAAACUGGUAUCAGUCGGAUCGAAGAGCUUUUGGAAAAGCUGCAGCAGGAGCUUGUCAAGCUGAGAAAGAAAGACACAAAGCUGGAGCAGCUGUCACAAACAGAGGACCAGUCUCUCUUUCUACACAAUUACUCCUCGCUGUCACAACUCACUGAAUUUAAAGACUUUCCCAGCAUCAAAACCCCCCCUCUGAAAUACUUUGAAGAUGUGACAGCAGUGGUGUCUGGGAUCAAAGAUAAACUACAGGAAAUUACUGGUGAGGCAUGGACCAAGAUCUCAUUGGUAUUGAAUGAAGUUGAUGUUUUACUGCCACAAGAACCCAAGACCAGAGCUCAGUUCUUACAAUACACACACCAAAACACACUGGAUCCUAAUACAGCAAACGCUUGGUUGUUAUUAUCAGAAGACAACAGAACAGCUACAGUGGCUACUGAGAAACAGCUGUAUUCUACUCAUCAAGACAGAUUUAUUGACAUGUUUCAGGUCAUGGGUAGAGAGGGUCUGAGUGGACGUCAUUACUGGGAGGUGGAGAAGAACAGAGAUGAAGUUUCAAUAGCAGUUGCAUACAAGGACAUUAGCAGAACAGGAUAUGAAAGUGGAUUUGGAAAUGAUGACAAGUCUUGGGCAUUGGAGUGUUUCGACCAACAUUAUGAAUUCAGACAUAACAGCGUUACGACUUUUAUCUCAGGUCCUCUGUCCUCCAGACUGGGAGUGUACCUGGAUCACAGUGCAGGUAUUCUGUCUUUCUACAGCGUCUCUGACAUCAUGACUCUCCUCCACAGAGUCCAGACCUUGUUCACCCAGCCGCUCUAUCAGGGAAUUGGUAUUUUUGGCUCAGGUGGUCAUGGAUCUGCUGCUGAACUCUGUAAGCUUGAGUAG